CUCUUGCGCGCAGAAAACGAGGAGGCGGGGGGGCCCCACACUUCACCACAGCAAGACUUGGGGGCCGCAGCUCGGGGCUGUGUGGGGAAGAGCCCCGUUAGUGGCGGCGCCAGGCGGAGGGACACGGGACCUUAAGGCGGAGGGAGGGGACAAAAACGCCCGGUCCUCUCAAUUCCACCCCCUCCCUCCCUUCCUUCUCCGGUCCCGAGCUCAGCUGUGAAAAAAUAUGGGAGACGACAGGCCAUUUGUGUGCAAUGCCCCGGGCUGCGGACAGAGGUUUACAAAUGAGGACCACCUGGCUGUUCAUAAACUCAAGCAUGAAAUGACACUGAAAUUCGGUCCUGCCAGAACGGAUUCAGUCAUCAUAGCAGAUCAGACACCGACACCAACCCGUUUUUUGAAGAACUGUGAGGAAGUUGGCCUCUUCAAUGAGUUGGCAAGCUCAUUUGAACAUGACUUCAAGAAAGCCACAGAAGAUGAUGAGAAAAAGUGUUCUGGACCCCUCGAUAUGUCUCUACCUUCUACCCCAGACAUCAAAAUAAAAGAGGAAGAACCAGUUGAAGUGGACUCUUCACCUCCUGAUAGUCCGGUAGCGAGUCCACAGUCACCGCAAGCCAAGGAGAAGGAGAGUGCUUCAAAGCCUGUUAUCAUUUCUACGCCUACUCCAACCAUUGUACGCCCUGGGUCACUUCCACUGCACUUAGGAUAUGAUCCUCUGCAUCCCACUCUCCCUUCUCCAACUUCUGUCAUCACCCAAGCUCCACCUUCCAACAGACAGCUUGGAUCUCCCACCAGCUCUGUACCACUUGUCAUGCACCUUGUGAAUGGACAGACCAUGCCCGUCCUUCCUGGCCCUCCCGUUCAGAUGCCUUCUGUCAUAUCGCUGGCAAGGCCUAUAUCUGUGGUGCCAAACAUUCCUGGUAUUCCCGGCCCUCCAAUUAUCAGCAGCGGCUCCAUUUCACCAUCAGGCCUUCCAGUGCACUCAGAAGCUAAAAUGAGGCUAAAAGCCAGUCUGACGCAAGGAGUUACUUCCUCACUAAACGGCAGUGGCAUGGUGGUGGGUUCAGCAAGCACAAUGGUGACGUCUCAUCCUGAACAGGGUCAGAUACUCAUCCAGCAUCCUGAUGCACCUUCUCCAGCCCAACCACAGGUUUCCCCAGCUCAGCCCACGCCUAGCACAGGAGGCCGACGGAGACGCACAAUGGACGAAGAUCCAGACGAGCGCAGGCAGCGUUUCCUGGAACGGAACCGGGCUGCCGCCUCCCGUUGCCGCCAGAAGCGCAAGCUCUGGGUGUCAUCCUUGGAGAAGAAGGCGGAGGAACUCACAACGCAGAACAUCCAACUAAGUAAUGAAGUUACAUUAUUACGGAAUGAAGUUGCUCAACUCAAACAGCUUCUGUUGGCUCACAAAGACUGCCCUGUCACUGCAUUACAGAAGAAAACACAAGGUUAUCUCGAAAGCCCCAAGGAGAGUUCUGAGCCCACAGGUUCCCCGGCUCCUGUCAUCCAGCACAGUUCUGUGACGGCCUCUCCCAACGGGCUGGCUGUCCGCUCUGCAGCUGAAGCUGUCGCCACAUCAGUCCUCACUCAGAUGGCAAGCCAAAGGACAGAACUGAACGUGCCCAUACAGUCACACGUCAUUAUGGCUCCCCACUCCCAGUCUGCUGGCAGAUGAUGUCGCAAAAUGUGUGACGUAGAACUAACCAAUAAGAACUUGCGGCUGGAGAGACUGAUCAUAACUAAGCCCCUUGGUCGAUAUGGGGUGGAUACGUUUUUGUUUUGUUUUUUGUUUCUUUCUUAAAGUGAGUUAAGGGCAGCUACGGAGCUUCUAACUAAGUAUAUCCCCAUUCACAUCCUGGCCCAAAGUAGUGUGAUGACCAUCCUGUUUCUAAAGGAUGGCCUCAAAAUGACCAGCUUCGCCACCCCUUAGGGACGAUCGGCCGUCGUAUGGAGUCAACAGCACACUUAGCCUUGCUCGGUGUGGUCUUAAAUGGUUAAUGUUCAGGUAUAAGUUCCACUAACACUAAGCCUCCCUUAGCUUGGUUACUCAUGGUGCUUUUCUCGAGUUGGCCGCUUUUUAGCAAAGGGAAGCAUUCUUGGGAGAGGCUGUGGCCUUUUGCUGGUGCUGCCCGUUUUUAUGAAAAAAUUAGCACCCCCGCUGCUUUCUGACAUUUCCAGUGUACCCGUCGCCACCGCUGUAGCUGGCUUUCAAUUCUGCACUUUCACACCAGGACUGCAGCUCAAGGCUCUGAAGGUGGUAAGCUCCAUAACCUUGUAGGUUUGAUUUCCCCCAUCCCCAACUGUUUUGUGAAGCGAGCAAGCAACCUCACUCGUAGCUCCUGCGGUUGGGGGCUGUUGGCAGUCGCCGCAGUGGAAAUGGAAAGCCUGUCGCACGCAUCUCAGACUGCAAAGUCUGUAGCUGUGCAUCUGAUCAGACGAGUGCAUUAAUCGGACACCUUUUCAUUUGGUACAGUUCCUGGCUCAGUUUGGCUGUGGAGGUAACCCUCAAAAGUACGAUGGGAAGUACUUGGUGUUCCAGUUGCUAGGAAGAAUAAGCAGUGCUUCCGCUGGGCAGAAGGCAGAGCUUUGACACUCUAUGCACUCCCUCGCCUCUGCUGCAUCUAGCAGAAUCUUAAUAAAAUCAAAACAAUUAGGAUCCGUAUGUGUGCAAAAUAUGCACCCUGAUGGGGUCGCCCUAAGUUUGUCAACCUUGACUAGGCACCUGCUGCCUAGCGGAUGGCUCAUGCAAAGCUAAGCUGAGCUGAUGUCAGAGUUGCCCUGCCUUUGAAGGAUAGGCGGGAAGCCUCUCCAUAGGUCACACAUUUGAAAGGUUUCAAAACCCCUUUAACCCCUGCGCAUUUCAAAGGAUCGCCUGUUGCAUUUAACCCUGUGAACUUGCUAAGACUGUGGCCUUAAAUCAUGGAGUGUCUCUUUCAAGGGCAAGAGGCUGGGAGGAGCAUUCUUUUCUUUUCCCCUCUUCUUGACCCUGCUUUGAGUAAUGAUGCACCUGCCGCGCCUUCUCCCAACCACCCCUUUCAGAUGCAGGACUCCUAGAGCACUGGUGUCACAAGGGUAUAUUACGGGAAACGAAAAAUCUUGGCAUUUUAAAAGGGCGCUUGGAGUUGUUUUCUUCCUGUUGCCUCUUGCUUGUUGCCAAAGCGCAUUUGUGUGUGUUGCGUGUGUCUUCUCCUCAAGUUGGCCUUGAGCUUUUGCUAACUGGAUAGCUUUAGCUAUCGAGACGGCAUCCCUAGCAAGCGGGAGGCAAGCCUGUGACAAUUAUGCUGCAGCUGUUAGAAAAGAAGCCCAUCAAUGCCAACAUUUCCUUCAUUUCGUCUUCCUUAAAUUUUAUUUUUUUAAAAAAAAGACUCAUUUGAAAACAUUCUGUUCUUUUUAAUGGGCUUUGUACGCCAUGCUGCCAAACCGUGUAAGGUUCAUCAUGAAGGACUUUUUUAAACCCCAGUUUUGGCAAAUUUGUCCAUUAGAAUAUACAUUCGCCUAUUCAAGAAUCUCGGUAUCAAAUUGCGCAAUGUGCACAUGACAGGACUUGUGUAGAUUUUCCACAGUAGGUGAUCUCCCUUGUCUUUCUAGCUUCUCAGGGCCUCGUCCUCAUUGCUUUUUGACCCAUUUCCUUGCCUUAGCCUGAUCUCGGUUCUAGUCUAUUAUUCCGUGACCUUUUAUUUUUCCUUUCUCCUCUUGGGUUCCUUUUCCUUCCCCCUUUGUUUAAAAUCAGCAAGACAUUUACUCUCAGUGUCUGCAGACUUCCUUUUAGCAAGCAUUUCAGACAUCCGGUCACUUGUCUUCUCUCCUCCAUCCUCCCACCCCCACCCCCCGCCUUCCCCCUUAUUUGAUAUGUUGAACAUGCACAGAGGCAAGUACUUUGAAUAUAACUUGUCCCAACAGGGUAUCUGUUUCCUUAGUGACAGCUCCGAUAACAAGACACAGCAGGUGCAGCAGCCAGGAUCCUCUAAGGAUAAUAGAACAGGAAAGGAACUUGCUGGCUAGAGGACAGAUUGCAACUUUUUUUUUUCCUUUUGGCCCAACAAUGCUGUGUUUUCAUUUUAAAAAAAAUCUCAGAACCCUUUUCCUGGUUGAAUGCAUGCCAUUAAAGAUAAGAAGGUAAGGUCUUCAGAUUGGCCCUGCUUUCUAGGGGAAAGGGGAUUGAGGUAAAGUUGAAUCCAAUUAGUACCACAUCUCUCAUUCACAGGCGCCGUGCUCUUGUGAGAGAUGAUAUCUGAAGCUGAUGCUAGUGUUAGUCAUACCACCAGUCCUUCUGAGUACUGUUGAGUCAGGUGCUUGGUGGCUCCUCAAAAGAGGCCUUCUUCAGCGCUGCUUCCUGAGAUCCCUUUAGCUGGAAAUGCUAAGGAUCGAAUCCCUGCAUACAUCGAUGCAUACAAUCCCUGAUGACCUGUGCCCCUUUUACUAUGGCCCCCAUCCUCAUCAGAAUCUGCUAAACAGAUUUUGGUCGGGCGUUCAAUAGAAAGUCACCUUAAGCCUGGCUCUAGAGCAGCCUUUCCCCAACUUUGGGUCUCCAGUUGCUGUUGGACUACAAAUCCCAUCAUCCCCAAGCAGCACGGCCAGUGGCCAGGGAUGGUGGCAGCUGUAUAGGCACCCCCCCCCCAUUUAUGCAGGGGUUAUGUUCCAGGUCAUCAUGUGCAUAAGCUCAUUCCAUCCUCUUCCGGUGCCAAACAUGGCAUGCGCAGUUGCACGUGCAUCGAACACGCACAAAUUGAGAGUUGCCUGUAUUCCAAAAACGUCUGGGGACUCAAGGUUGGGGAUGGCAGCUGUGGAGCCAUGGGAAAGAGAUUGUCCCCUUGCUGCCUGCCUCUCGGAGAUUCCUUGCCUCUGCCCCAUCCUGCUGCUGCCAGUGGCUGCCACAACCCUACUUCCUAGAGAGCCAGUGUGGUGUAGUGGUUAAGAGCGGUGGA